AUGGCUCCGCUCAUAUUGGCGACACAAGUGGCUACAGGACUCAGCGUGGUGGCCGGCGCUAUGCUGGUGAAAGCGGCGGCGGAGGGGCGUCUUCUUCCGCCGAUGUUCGGCGGCGGUUUGCCUCGCUGUCCGAAGUGCAACGGUACCGAAAGGAUUGAUUGUUUCUGUUCGCGGUGGUCGGACGGGGAUGUGGGUUGCCGCACGUGCGCCGGUUCUGGUCGGAUGGCCUGUAAUAGCUGCGGCGGUUCGGGGAUAGGCCGGCCCAUACCGGCCCGGCUAUCAGUUCACUCCGACCGGCCUCCUUUAUAG